UGGGGAGAAAAAUCAAGGAGUAAAAUAAUUUAAAAAAAGGUGUGCCAGCUAAGCCUGCGAGCCAGUGAUGGCAGAAAUCCCAGGGUUUGUGCCCGAUGCCAGCAGCACAGAGCAGGUGGAAUGCCCUGUAUGCUACCAGGAAUAUAAUCAGGGUGUGAGACGCCCCAGGCUCUUGGAGUGCCACCACAUCUUCUGCACAGAAUGCCUGCAAAAAAUCCAGCUGGCCGUGCCUUCCAACACCAUCUCCUGCCCGCUCUGCCGCCACGCCACCCCCCUGACUCCGGGGGGCGCUCUCUCCCUGCCCUGCCAGCCCGUGGCCCUGCCUUUCAGACGCACGACAGUCACCCAGCGCCUGGUCUUCUCCGUGGAGUCCAGCGCAGACCCCCGCUUCAUCAUCCUGCCCACCCUGAGUCUCCGGGUGGAGCAGAUGGUGAGGGUGGUGGAGACUGGCUCUCCACUGCCCCCUCCUGUCUACGACAGGGGACUGCAGCAGAGGCAGGGUCUUGUGUGCGUGCAGCUGCUCUCCGUCGCGUUCUGGGUGGUUUUCGUCAUGGUUUGCGUGGUGGGCGCGUUUGUCGGGUCUCGUUUUUUUCACUUUUAG